UCACAGUCAAAGCAAAAGAUAAAAAUAAAGCAGAGAUGGAUCAAGCGCAGGAAGUGCUAACGCGGAGAUGGAUCCAGUUCAAAGCGAAGUAGCGGCGGUAGCUGCAAUUAACGAUAAGACUCGCACCCAACACCCCUCUUCCCCCACUUCCAUGGAUUCUAUUAUUGCAGAAGCUGCGGCAUAUGGCAACGAUGAGAAUCAGUCUCUUGAUGCGCAGGCGCAGAAAGCAUUAGAAUGCCCUUGUGUAGCUGAGCUGCGGAAUGGGGCAUGCGGGGUUCAUUUUACAGAGGCUUUCCUUUGUUUUCUGAAAAGCACAGCUGAGGAAAAGGGCUCAGAUUGUGUGCAUCCAUUUGUCGCCUUGCAAACCUGUAUCAAAGGCCGUAGUAGUUGUGUUGGGAGCAACUCUAGCUUACUCAAUACUGAAACAAUGUCAAUUUUCGGAUCAUCUAGCAGUGCGAUAUCCCCUGAUUACUUCGGGGAUGAAUUUGGGUUGCCUCUGCCACGGUGCUUAAUGGUGAAAAAUAAGGCAACAACUAUCCAACCCAAAUCCAUAGGGUUGGGGAAUCCAGGGGUUACCAAGGCAGUACUCAAUGAGCUAAAGAAUGGCUUCAUCAAGUGCAUGCAGAUGGCAGACAGUAGGGAGUCCAGACGUGGAGAACCGGCAUUAGCACCAAUCAUGGAUGGACUGCUUUGCUUGGAAACUUUUGUUAUUAGCAAUUUAAAGUAGUAAUUUUCAGAGGAUAAUGUCAACCCUAGUAGUUGUAGAUGAAAGAAAAGUUUCAGAUAUUUUCUAUUUUUUUUAUAGGUAGAAUUCUUUAUUUACUCAUUAGCUCUUUGCAAAUCUUUCAAAUUUCUGGAAUUCCUAAAAUGUUAUAAGAUUAUAUAUUUGUUAGUAUAUUUG